UUCCGUGCGUUGAAAGGGAGAUGUUCGGCCAAUGAAUCAACGCCCCUCUGUCUCUCUCUCAUGUUUCAGUUUGACAAAUUCGAAUUGACGCGGUAGUUGAAUUCGAUCGAAUGUGAAUGAAUCUCUUGCGUGUACAGUUUGAUCAAUUGUAAGCCGAAAUCAAAGCUGCAUCAAUAGAUUCUUCAAAUCUGGCUUUCCCCCAACGCUGAGGCAGCUUCAUCCUCCUCCGUGGCUGAUUCCAUUUUCUUCUGUCAUUUGUCAUUUUCAAUCAGAUGGGAGAGGAGAUGCGAACAUACACUGUCGAUGAAGCACUUCUUGCUGUGGGGUUUGGCAAUUAUCAAAUUCUUAUCCUUGCAUAUGCUGGUAUGGGCUGGGUCUCAGAAGCUAUGGAAAUGAUGCUUCUCUCUUUUGUUGGACCGGCAGUUCAGUCUGCAUGGAGCCUUUCAUCUCAUGAAGAGAGUCUAAUAACCAGUAUGGUUUUUGCUGGUAUGCUGGUUGGUGCAUAUUCUUGGGGCAUGGUUUCAGAUAACUAUGGACGGAGGAAAGGGUUCCUCAUUACAGCAAUGGUUACUUCUGGAGCUGGUUUUCUAAGUGCAUUUGCUCCAAAUUUCAUUUCACUGAUAAUUCUCCGUUUUUUUGUUGGUAUUGGUUUGGGAGGUGGACCUGUACUCUCUUCCUGGUUUUUAGAGUUCAUUCCUGCUCCAAACAGAGGCACUUGGAUGGUUGUUUUUUCAGCUUUCUGGACUGUUGGAACUAUUUUUGAAGCUUCACUUGCAUGGUUUGUCAUGCCUACAUUGGGGUGGAGGUGGUUACUUGGACUCUCUGCUCUGCCCUCUUCACUGCUUCUUUUGUUCUACAGCAUUACUCCUGAAUCACCAAGGUACUUAAGCAUGAAAGGGAGAACAAAUGAAGCACUAAAUAUCCUGGAGAAAGUAGCAAAACGAAAUUCCACAAAGCUCCCUCCAGGCAUUCUUAUUUCUGAUUGCCAAAUUAAGCUACAUGAAAAGUGUACUGAAUCAGAAGACUCACAUUUGCUCUCAGUGGAAACAAAAGAAGAUGAAUCUGCCAAUUAUAUAGAAUCCAACAAGGAAGAUACUUCAUCACUGUCUAUGCUUCUUUCACCAAAAUUACUUCGGUCUACCCUGCUUUUAUGGGUGGUAUUUUUUGGGAAUGCAUUCUCCUAUUAUGGUCUGGUUCUUCUGACCACUGAGUUAAAUAAUGGAAAUAAUAAAUGCAGACCGACUGAGUUGCAAUCCAAUGAUUCCCAGGAUGUUAGCUACAGAGAUGUUUUCAUCACAAGUUUUGCUGAGUUCCCUGGGAUCAUACUAUCAGCUGCCACAGUUGAUAAACUUGGUCGGAAGUUCUCAAUGUCAGCUAUGUUCUUCUUGUGUUGCAUUUUCCUCCUCCCUUUGGUGCUUCAUCAGACUCCAGGCUUGACGACUAGUCUUCUAUUUGGAGCUCGCAUAUGCAUUACCGCAACUUUCACAGUUGUGUAUAUAUAUGCUCCAGAGAUUUACCCAACAUCAGUAAGAACAACAGGAGUUGGAAUUGCAAGCUCGGUGGGAAGAGUUGGUGGGAUGGUAUGUCCUCUUGUGGCAGUAGGUCUGAUACAUGGAUGUCAUCAAGCUGCAGCUGUUGUUCUAUUUGAGAUUAUUAUCUUUCUCUCAGGGGUUUGUGUACUGUUUUUUCCCUUUGAGACAAAGGGUCGUGAAUUAAGUGACAGUAUACUUAGUUCAAAUAGGCUUGAACAUUAGCAUGAGCUAGACAGCAUUAUACUGUAUGUACCUUUUCAAAUGAUGUUUAUCAAACCAAAGAGAGGACUUAAGUUUCCUCCAUGCCAUCUCUACUUGAGAAAGGGCAAUUGUAGGAUCUAUUUUUAGUGACUUGUAAUUUACAUGAUCUGUAAAAAAUGUAGCAGAAAUGAAUAUAUGUUCAUGUCUCAGUUCUCACCCGUACGAAUCAAUCUUGAAAACAGUAGCUGGUUAUAUUUUGUUUGAUGGAAACUGAAAAUAGAACUAUUGGUGCCAACCUGCUUGGAAUGGCCGGCUGAAUUUGUAAGCUCCUCUAUUCUCCUAUCUGUCUUGUCAGUUUGUUCAGAUAUAGUAAUGAAGUGGCUCGGUAUUCUUUAAGUCUA